ACACCGCCCCUUCAUCAAACAUGGAUCAGUCCCGCGGGUCAAGAUGGCUGACUCAAGCAAAAGUUUUCUCGGUCUGUUGAACGGCCUGGCUAGACGGACGUAUUAUGGGGAUGAGAACAUCACAGACGGCUUUCUGAAGGAAGAGUUGUACCCGGAGAUGCCAGAGGGUGACUUUGAAGCAUUGUUGUCUAAAUGCAAUGGCUUGAUAAAGAGCAUGGUGUCAGCAGACAUGGACUUCAAGCAGUUGGAGGCAUUUGCCACCUCGCAGACCAAGCGUAAGCAAGGUGGAAUCACGGAGGAGGAGGCUCAGAUGCUGACCAAGUUUUGGAAAACCCACAAGUCGAAGAUCCAUCAGGUUGUUGUCAGCAGAUGUGCUUGGAACAACAAACUGAAGGAUGUGAGCUGGAGGAUUGAUCUGAAGAUGCAGGCUAAACAUGUGGAUCAGAUCAACCAGCCCACAGCUAUUGUAGAGCUGCAGGUACAGAAUGGGGACCAACAGGAGUCUAAUGUUGUCAGGUUUGAGAUGGACGAAGAGAGGUUAUCCAAGGUCGUCAAAGACAUAGAGAAGAUUGAGGAACAGAUCAGUGCUCACUGUCAAAAAUGAUACACAAGAAAGGAACUUUUCCUAGUAGAUCCUCUGUAAUUUUGGACAUCAACUCUAGUUAUGGAUGAAUAAUUUUUUUGUCAAUUGAUAUAAGUUUUUAAAAUCAUCUGCGGGGUAAACAGAUAAUGUAUUUGUAAUUGAUUUAACAUGUAUUAAGAAUAUUUAUCUCAGUUGAUAACUAUGUCAUACCUCACAAGAUUCUGAAAAAACUGCAUUUUGAAUGUAAUAGGAGAUAAGAAUACAUGUCGCAUGCAAAAAAUAUUUUUAGCAUAUUCACAUGUAUUGAUUGAAGGUAUAUAUGUUCUAUGACAGUAGAUGACUCUGUGAUUUGAGGAAAUCCAAAUUUGUACACUCUUAGAAGGAAACUGGAUAUGUUACAUUGGGAUCAGAUUUUUUUGUCUGCAUACAUUGUGAAAUGUAUGAGCCAAUUCUACAAAUCCAACCAUUAAAUCAUUCACUGUAUAUCAUAUUUCUGUUGCAACCAGUAUAAUGUAGAUGUAAUGUAAUGUAACAAACAUUGAAUUUAAAUAAUUAAUCUUUGUAACAGCAAAGGUAAUGAAAAUUGUAACAUAGAUUUCAACUUAACCUUUGAAUGUUUCGUACAAAUAC